AACAGCCUCUCGUCCUACUUGCAGGGAGUAAAUAUGGAGCGUGACGGCAAAAAUCAGGCCGGCCUGGUAACUGUUGUCACGACGACGCCCGACUGCGCCGCAGUCUGUGACUCUAUCGGGGCUAACGGUGAAGUGAAUACCUCAUGGCUAGACACGGUUGCCGGGGGCCGAGUCGCCAAGCGCAUCAGCCUCCUCGACCUGCUGCCACUAAGCGAGGACGGAGGGUAUCCGUGCGCUCGGUUCGACGUCUGCCCGAUCGCCGGCAGCCCGGGACGCAUGAACUGUUUCGUGAGCAGAGGCGAAGCAGACGCGUCCUCGGGCUCCAAGGAAGACAGCAUCAUCUGCAGGCGCUUCCACAGUGUUGAGGUGCUGGUGGGGUCCAGUCUGGGUCAUUCAACUGACAUCCGCAUUCUCGGAAGGCGCUGCGACCGAACACCAACCUGUGCUUGA